GCUCUUACGUAAAGAAGUCGUGACCAAAACGUCUCGUAAUCGUGACAUGAACUAAUUAAAAAUCAUUCUUGCCUGAAAAAGAUGAAUUAAGUGUAAAGAAAAAGAGAAAACUCUAAACUAACUAGAAACUUUGCUUGUUACAACACACUGAUACCUCCCUCCUAUAUAUACCUGCUCUUGUGAAAACUAUCCGACGUGUAUGUGUAUGUCGCAAUGUACUCAAAAGAUUCGAUUAACAGCGAAUCCGUGCUUAUUGCCUCGAAUCGUUAAAAAAAAAUUCACUCGUUCAUCGAAAAUGAGCAGUACCGACUUAUGGAUGCGUGACAUUCUCGCGAGUUACGGAGUGAUCCUAUUGAUCAUUUUAUGCGUCGCGAUCUGGAUGAUUGAGAAAUGGCCAACGUUACGGAAGGACACCUACAGAGCUCAUCUUUUGGGAUUCGAGAUGGAGUGCGCCGAGCUGGCCAGUCCGUACAAGGAGCAUCUCUUUAAAGUGCUACAGUAUAUUGUUUCCAACGAUGAAAUGUUACGAUCAAUGGGCUCUAUUCGCAUCCUUGAAAUUGGUGUUAAAACGGGCGAAAACGUACAGUUUUAUCCGGAGAGUACGCACCUCAUCGGUGUCGAUUGGAACAUCAAACUAGGCGAAUAUCUGGUCAAAGGAAAUCGUUCAUGGCAAUUUUCUCAUGUGAUUAUCGAGCGAUUAAUAACGGGCGACGGGAGUUCCUUGAAGGAAGUGUUAACGGGAUGUGUGGAUGCGGUUGUGACAACUAGGUCAUUGUGUUCCGUUAAAUCGUUACAAUCUACCCUUCAGGAAAUUCGACGGGUAUUAGCUCCGGGCGGAAAAUAUAUUUUCGUGGAACACGUUCCAGAAAAGGAAGGCACUUUCAUACGAUGGUUGCAAAUAGCGUUGACGCGAACCGGCAUAUGGCCUGCUUUAUUUGGCGAUUGUCGUUUAGAUGUUGACUGCGUUGCGGAUAUAGAAAACGCUGGUUUCAACAAAGUUUCAUGGACAUUCUUAGCUUUGGAAGGAUAUGUCUCACAUCCGUUUCAUUUGACUCUCUCCAGACAGCACGUGUUUGGUAUAGCUACGAAAUAAAAAUUCGACAAAAUUGGAGAUAAAAUUCAAUAAAAAAAAGAAAAUAUAUAUGAAGGAGAGUAGAAGGUGAUGCUUUUAAACAGAAUUUAAUAACCCCUACUGUUAAACAUACGGUUGCGGAUCUGUUAUAUUAUAAUUAUGAUAUAGGGCUGUUUCAACGAGGAGCAAGUCGGAAAUCUUAUACUAUUAUUGAACGGAAAUUGACAAGAUUAUAAUGUAAUGUAUGCAGAAUUGCUUAAAGAAAAUAUACAUAUCCUCUUCUAUGCAAAAAUUUGGGGAAGACAGAAACUUGUACAUAUUCCAACAAGACAAUGAUCCUGUAAUAUAAACAUACGCUGAGUUCGAUAAAACAGUUAUUUUACAGAAGAAAAUAAUACAUCUCAGCUGUGCCUUGGUCAUCACAAAGUCCGAAUAUUAAUCCUAUAAAGCAUUUAUAGAGGGAAUUAAACCGAUAAAUUCCGUAAAAUCAACGAUGUAGAUAGACGAUCGGUCGAUUUAUAACUGUGUUAAAAGAAACAUAUAGCAUGGAAUUUUUGCGACAUUACAAAAAUUUAUUUAUAGCAUCCUAGGUAGUAAGAUGACGUCUAAAGAAUGACAUAAAAUAAUAUAUAAUAUAUUAUUUAUUUUACUGUUAUUAUAACAAAUCAAUUUAUGUUAAAAACCCAAACCGCACUUGCUUCUAUUAAAUCCAUAUAUGAAAUAAAAUUCAGUGUUAACUUAAAUACCAACGUGACUCUGAUGUGUGUGUGCAUGCAUGUGCGUGUGCGCGCGCGCGCACACACACACACAUAUACGGACAAAUUAUAAAAAAUUGUAAAACUCUUAGGGGUUUGGUAUAUAUAUACUUUGCAUAGUUAAAAUUAAAUUAAAAACAAUCAAUAAAUUGCAGCAGACAAAUGUCGUAUUUGCGAAUUAUAAAAAUUCUUAAAAUUCUAUUGACUUUCGAAUAUUUCUCGCACACAAACCAAUUCCUGUAUCUCAUACAUAAAUAAAAUUAUAAAAAAUUCGCAUUAAAAUAUUCUGUGUAAGAAAGGCGAUAUCGGUGAUACAUUAAAACUUGUCGAUAUUUAUAUAAUACUCUAAUAAUCAUAUAUAAUAACUUAAAUACGCGCCAUUUUUAUAAUAAUGCAUAUGUCAACGUUGAUGCAUAAAUUAUAUCUCAGAUAUAUUUUAAGCAUAAAUAACAUUGUACAUAUACUACAUAUUGUCCAGCUCUUCGAGCAUACAUGCUUGUGUAUAUAUAUG